AUGGCCCUCAGUAUCUGGCAGAAGAGGGUGCGAAGAAUCUCCGGAGACCCAGUCCAUGGGGUUGUGGUGCAAGGCCCUGUGGAUGGUCUGGCUACUGGCACCCCACUCUAUAGUGUGGCGGUGCAAGGCACUAUAGAUGGAAGGACUACUUGUAGACCAAGGGGUUGGAAGUUUGGUACCUGGAAUGUAGGCACGUUGACAGGAAGAAGUUUGGAAGUGGUGGAGGAGCUGCAGAGGAGAAUGGUUGACGUGGCUGCAUUACAGGAGAUCAGAUGGAAAGGUGAGGGUACAAGGUUUGUGGGGGCUAAAGGUGGAAGAUAUAAGUUGUGGUGGAAGGGGGAUGAUGGUACGGGAGGAGUUGGUGUGAUGGCAAGAGAAGAGUUGGUGGAGAAGACGGAUAUGAAGGUGUACAUGGGGGAUGGGGAUAUGGUAUACGGAAUGAGGAAGGGCGUAGAGUGUUGGAGUUGGCGGAUGCACAUAGCAUGGUGGUGGGGAAUACUGGGUUCACAAGGGAACCAGUGCGAUUUAUUACUUAUAGGUCAGGGGAACAUAGAUCGAUGA